UGAAGGUCAAGGACUCAAGGAUACAUGUCAAAACUCAAAAGAGAGCCAUGUCAAAGCCGGCAAGUUGGAACGUGGUCCGAAUCCCAGAUAAAUUAUUAAUACUCUUUCUAUUUCUAACUAUUUCGACCUGAAAUCUUGUUCCCCUAUGCACGUUCAAGCACGCAGCUGCUGCUUCUUGCCGGAGAAUGACCGGAUGGAAACUUUUCGCCGCCGCCGUAGCUACUGUUGCUUUGCUGCAUUUCCCGGAAUUGGUGCAGUGUCAAGUGGUUGGCGACGAAUUCGCCGGUCAGAUCAACGACACUGCGUUCCUCCCGUUCAUUACCCAGGCAGUAUAUAGCAGUCUCUCCAACGCCACUUCUACUAUUCUUAAUAGCGAUGUUGGAAAUCGAUCCUCCUUCUGCGUUAAGGAUCGAGAAGUCGAGUGGAAUCGAGCUUUCAACUAUUCUUCUAAUUUGGACUUCUUGACUGCUUGCAUUCAGAGAACCAACGGAGAUGUUACACAACGCAUAUGCACAGCAGCAGAGUUAAAAUUCUACUUUGGAGGGUUUUUUUCUGGUAGCAGUUAUAUGAAGCCUAACAGGAACUGUAAUCUAACCUCCAUGAUUUCUGGCUGCGAGCCAGGAUGGGCAUGUGCCACGUCAUCCAGCGAGGAAGUUGACAUGGAAGAUUCUCAGAAUAUUCCUGCUAGAACUCUCAACUGUCAGCCUUGUUGUGAGGGUUUCUUCUGCCCCAAUGGUCUUACUUGCAUGAUUCCUUGCCCAUUGGGUUCACAUUGCCCAACUGCAACCCUUGACAAAGCUAGUGGCAUAUGUACACCAUAUUCUUACCAACUGCCACCUGGACAGCCAAAUCAUACCUGUGGUGGAGCCAAUAUAUGGGCAGAUAUUCGCAGCAGUAGUGAGAUGUUCUGUUCAUCAGGCUUAUAUUGUCCAUCAACUACACAAGAAAUACCUUGCAGCAGCGGGCAUUACUGUUCAACAGGCUCUACCUCUGAAAAACCAUGCUUCAAGUUGACUUCAUGUGAUCGCAACAGUUCCCACCAAAAUAUUCAUGCAUAUGGAGCGAUGCUUAUAGCUGCAAUAUUUACUAUUCUGCUCAUCAUCUACAACUGCUCCGAUCAAAUACUUAGCACCCGAGAGAGAAGGCAUGCUAAAACCAGGGAAGCAGCUUCAAGACGUGCAAAAGAGAAAGUGAAGGCACACGAAAGAUGGAAAAUGGCUAGAGAAGCUGCUAAGAAGCAUGCAGCUCAAAUAUCUCGUACAUUUUCUCGUAAAAAGGCUGCUCCACAAACUGAGGAACUCUCCAUAUUACAUCAUGGUAGAGAUGAAAUCGAUGAUGAUCAAACUACUUCAAAUGUGUCCCAUUCCUCAUCCAGUGAAAACAGAUUGGAGCUAAACAGUCAAACAUUUGACAGACAAGCAAUGGAUAAGGAUCUUUACAGUUAUGAAGGUUUGAGCCGGAGCACAGAGAGUAAAGCUACAAAUGGCAAAAAGAAAAUGCAAAAAGAAAAAGAAAAGGAAAAAGGAAUUCAUACCCAUAGCCAAAUCUUUAACUAUGCGUAUGGUCAGAUUGAGAAAGAGAAAGCCAUGCAAGAGAAUCAAAACCUGACUUUUUCUGGAGUAAUCUCAAUGGCUGUUAACACGGAGGUGAGAAAAAGACCUAAAAUUGAGAUUGCUUUCAAAGAUCUUACUCUAACUUUAAAAGGGAAAGGGAAGCAUCUGUUGAGAUGUGUGACUGGAAAAAUCAUGCCUGGAAGAAUCACAGCUGUGAUGGGCCCAUCUGGGGCAGGGAAGACAACUUUUCUCAAUGCAAUAGCAGGAAAAGCACAUGGAUGUAGUAUAAGCGGUUCCAUUUCUGUAAAUGGGAAACCGGAUUCAAUCCAUUCAUAUAAAAAAAUCAUUGGAUUUGUCCCACAAGAUGACAUUGUCCAUGGGAAUCUGACUGUGGAGGAGAAUCUCUGGUUCAGUGCAAAAUGCAGGUUGCCAGCAAAGAUGCUGAAGCAAGAUAGGGUUUUGGUUGUUGAGAGAGUUAUAGAGUCGUUAGGUCUGCAAGCAGUGAGAAGCUCUUUGGUUGGAACUGUAGAGAAGCGUGGGAUAUCUGGAGGACAGAGGAAAAGAGUAAAUGUUGGUUUGGAAAUGGUAAUGGAACCUUCUGUUUUGAUUUUAGAUGAACCGACUUCUGGUUUGGAUAGUUCGUCUUCUCAGUUGCUUCUUAGAGCUCUCAGAAGGGAGACUAUUGAAGGGGUGAAUGUUAGCAUGGUUGUUCACCAACCAAGCUACUCUUUGUUCCAGACGUUUGACGACUUAAUACUUUUAGCAAAAGGCGGACUUACCGUUUACCAUGGACCAGUAAGAAAAGUUGAAGAAUACUUUUCAGGGAUGGGGAUCAAGGUUCCAGAUCGCGUUAAUCCUCCAGAUUACUUCAUAGAUGUUCUAGAAGGAAUGGUGAAACCAAGCACGAGUUCGGGUGUAGUAACUCAUGAACAGCUUCCAGUUAGAUGGAUGCUUCAUAAGGGUUACCCUGUGCCCCCUGACAUGCGUAGAAACUCUGCUAUGUUUCCAGAAGUUUCAUCUUCAGUUUCAGUUUCAGGUUCAGGUAAUAAUGAUGAGGAACAUUCCUUUGCUGGUGAGAUUUGGCAGGAUGUAAAGACAAAUGUGGAGGUUAGAAGAGACGUUUUACGCCAUAAUUUCUUGCCAACUAAGGAUUUGUCAAACCGCACCACUCCUGGAAUUUUCAUCCAGUAUCGAUACUUUCUCGGAAGGGUUGCUAAGCAGCGGUUACGGGAAUCUAAGCUACAAUUAAUAGACUAUUUAAUCUUAUUACUUGCUGGAGCAUGCUUGGGUUCGAUUAUUAAAUCAAAAGAAGAGACUUUCGGGGCUCCUGGAUACACUUACUCCAUUAUUGCAGUAUCUUUGCUAUGUAAAGUUGCGGCGUUGAGAACGUUUUCAUUGGAUAAGUUACAAUAUUGGAGAGAGCGUGCAUCUGGGAUUAGUAGUCUGGCUCAUUUUCUCGCUAAAGAUACAAUCGACCAUUUCAGUACAGUGAUAAAGCCAGCGGUUUAUCUGUCCAUGUUUUAUUUCUUCAGCUACCCGAGAUCUUCUUUUGCAGAAAACUACACGGUUUUGGUGUGCCUUGUCUACUGUGUGACUGGCAUUGCCUACAUGUUGGCCAUAUUUCUUGAUCCUGGUCCAUCACAGCUGUUUGCGGUGCUCCUUCCUGUAGUUUUGACUCUUGUGUCAACACAGACAGAAAAUAGCGACUUCUUGAAGAAUGUGUCAAAGCUGUGUUACCCUAAGUGGGCCCUUGAAGCAUUUGUAAUUGCAAAUGCAAACAGGUAUUCUGGGGUGUGGCUGAUAACGCGUUGUGGGGCACUUUUAAGAUUCGGAUAUAAUGUACAUGACUGGGGUCUUUGUAUAUUCGUUCUUAUCAUGAUUGGUGUUCUUAGCCGUAUCUCCGCCUUCUUUGGCAUGCUCAUUGUUCAUAAGAAUUAAGACCUCUCAAAUCUCAAUGUUUCUUCAUGUUUGCUUUGCAGCAUAUAAGAGAGGUAUGAUAUGAAAUGAAUGUUGUAUUAGUGAGAUAUAGUUAGUUAGUUAGUUAGUUAGUUAUAUUAGGUUAUACUUGUAGUAUACCAUACCAGGAGGAGUAGAAAACUUCAUUUUUUGAGUUUCAUUCAUUUUCAUUUUCAUUUUCAUUUGUUUGUGUGAAAACUGAAAAGCAAACCAACCGCUUUUUGCUUUUCCCAUCCCAUUCCCAUGUAAUGAUAAUAUCCCCAUAAAACUGCCUAGUGAAUUACCUAGUAAAUGAUUAUUUCUUCGAAA